UUUGUAUAAUUUUUUUCUUUCUUUUCUUUUUUCCUUUUUUCAUAGAAAUAAUCGCGAUGAAAGAGAUCUAUGUUCGAAAAACGUGUGACGAAUUGGUGUCGAUCACAAAUCGAUCGACACGCGAUGGGUUUUUGUUGAUACCAUCUUUAUAGUGUCCGAUGUGCGCGCGAACUUUCUCAAGGUGCACACACUUCCGUAGGGUGUCGCUUUCAGUCCUGGCGCCUAGACCACGGGGCCUCAGGCCCAGUCAGGUAUAAGACAGUCUCUCCAUUCACCGUAAGGAGGUAACGAGGAAAGCAGUGGCAGAACAAAACGUCGUUUCUUUCAACUUCUCCCACCAUUUUCUUCUACUCGCAAGUUCUACUACUCUUACUUACUCGAUGUUUUCAUUCUCAAGAAGAUGAAAGUGAUCGUUCAAAAGGAUUCAAUAACAGAGAUUGAUCAUGGAAGAGGACAAUUUUUUUAAUUAAGAAGUGACGAUUCUUUUAAAAGGAAUUUCAGUGUCCCGGAACAUGUGGCAGUCGUAAUUUUAAGUGACAUAUUUUAUCAAAGUAUGAAAGCAAUGAUCGAUAAAUUUGAACUAUAGCUUCGUUAAAAUAACGAUUUAUAUACGUAUUUUCUUUUAUGUGUUGGCACUACGUAUAUACACAAGAAAACUGAAUAUAACAAGUUUAUGUUAACCUGCAAGGCGAACAUCUCCAAAAUGGUUUUCUUCGGGAGGAAAGAAAAGAUCGAGGAUCGUCGAUUACUGGCUAGCAUGGAUGCCGUCAAUGGCACGAAAAUGUAUCAGGUUGAAAACGCCGCGUUCAUGCACGUACGUGAAAAUCUCGAGGAACUGGGAAAAGUGGCCAACGACACGGAUCUGCUCUUUCUUAAGGGUCUCCUCGACAGCCCUGUUGUAACUUCUCUCGUUAAGGUCCAGGAACGUCUCGAAGACGCGCCGGUCCCUGUAGAACCGGUAUGUUCUUCUGUUUGUGACAUCGUCGACGAAGUCUGCCACGAGCUUCAGUCCUAUAGAAACGAGAACGGCCGUGAAUUGGUAGCUCUGUUGAGAAACUCCCACUUGAAGGCGCUCUUAGAGACUCACGACGCUGUCGUGGAACGUAGGGAAGCUUCACCGAUUUCAGAAACGAUUCCAUCUUUAGUUAUGCCUUCCGACGAGAGGACGGAAGUCAUGAGAGUCGUUGGACUUACAAGACAACCGGACGAACCAUUGGGUCUGACAGUGCAAGUUGACGAGUCUGGCAACUUGAUAAUAGCCAGGAUCCUUGGUGGUAGCACAGCAGCAAGACAAAGACUUUUAAGAAUAGGCGAGGUGAUCUUGGAAGUGAACGGGAAGACUGUUCACAAUCCCGAUGAAUUGCAACAGGCUAUACACGAGGCUAAAGAGAAUCUCUUUUUAAAAUUGGCCCCUGGAAUAGCUAAUGACGGCAGUAGACCGCUCAAGUCCACGUGUUACAUGAGAGCUCUGUUCGAUUACGACCCGUCAGAGGAUACUCUUUUACCGUGUAAAGAGAUUGGUUUACGUUUUAACAAAGGUCACGUCCUUCAAAUAGUUGACCAAGCCGAUCCAAAUUGGUGGCAGGCACGAAGAGUCGAAGGUGACGGGCUGAGUUCAGCAGGUCUUAUACCGUCCUUGGAAUUGGAAGAACGGAGGAAGGCUUUCGUUCCGCCUGAGGCAGAUUUCGUUCACAAAAUAAGCAUUUGUGGGACGAGAAUCUCUAAGAAAAAGAAGAGGAAGAUGUAUCAGUCGAAAUCUAACGGGGAAUUCGACGGUGCUGAAUUACUUCUUUAUGAGGAAGUUGCUAGGAUGCCACCUUUUAGACGUAAGACUUUGGCUUUGGUUGGGCCACGUGGUGUUGGUAGACGAACGUUGAAGAACAGGCUAAUAAACAGUGAUCGAGAGAAAUUUGGCACGAUCGUACCAUAUACCUCCCGACCUCCCAGGGUUCUCGAAGAAGAUGGAAAAAGUUAUUGGUUUACUGAUAGAGAAAGUAUGGAAAGAGAUAUCAGAGAACAUCGGUAUUUGGAAUAUGGCGAACAUGGUGGUCACUUGUACGGAACAAAAUUAGACUCCGUUCGAGAAUUGAUAAGAGCGGGAAAGAUGUGUGUCCUGGAUUGUAGCCCUGCAGCAUUGAAGAUCCUUCAUAAUAGUACAGAAUUUAUGCCUUAUGUUAUCUUCAUAGCAGCACCAGGAAUGGAGCAAUUAAAAAGCUUGUACGAUCUUGGAAGGUCUACAGGAGCUAGCAGUCGAAAUCUGACGUUUGACCGGCAGAGUUCGAUAAGGUACAGCUCGAGGAGGGCCAGAACACUAGAAUCUCUUGCAUCUUUAUAUGAGGAAGACGAUUUAAAAUCGACUCUGGAGGAAUCAGCGGCUUUACAGAGGGCCUACGAAAAAUACAUCGAUCUCGUGAUCGUCAACGAAGAUUUCGAUCAAACCUUUAGACAAGUGAUCGCAGCUUUAGACGCUUUGGCCACUGAACAUCAAUGGGUUCCAGUCAAUUGGAUAUAUUAAUUGAAAGUAUGAAUCGUGACGUAAACGAAGUUUUCGUCUUUCAGAAAAGAUUCUCACGAGUUUCGGAUUAACAGUUACGAGUGAGAACGAGCGAACUAAUAAUUACUGCCGACUAUACGGUUGAAAACCGUGAAUUUCAAUAGACUACUUAGUAGGAGAAAAUCAAGCGAAGACGAUUAAAAUAACGCUUGAACGAUAUUCGCUAUCGAUCAUCGGAUCGAUUCGUUCAAUCGCCAUAUCUGAUAAGAAUCGACACGUGGAAUCUGAAAUUUCAAAAUGACGUUUACUUAUUUGAAAGAAUUUCCAAUGACAGAAGAAUAAUUAUGAUUUCGUCAUUAACAUAAAAGAUUAUUAUUAAUCGGUUGCAUUUAUUUAUUAAUUUUGUUAGAAUUAUUUAUGGGAAUAUUAAGUAUAACGUCUGAAAAUAGGCCAUGUUCUAUAAAUUCGUCUAUAAGUAACAAAACUUUUAUGUCUCUUAUGAUUAGCAACGUAUUGAUACAUUAUAGCUCUGAUAAGAUGCGCAUAUGAGUAUGUUGCUAUAUCGUAAGUAAUUGGAAAAACCAUUAGGUGUAAUAUUAAAUAUUCACAUAAAAUAAUUUUAAAUCAGCCAUAAAAAAACGUUCGGUAUUCAAAUCAGUUUCGUGUUUCGAAAAGUAUCGAUAUAAUUUUCUCAACUUCGUGCUGGAACGUUUCAUGCCGUUUUAGGAAGUACAAUCGUAGAAUUUAUGUUAAUUUUUUUGUAAGUUUAUAAACGAGAUCAUUUCGCCAUUAUCAAAGCAUUUAUUCGAAUUUAUACCGUUUUGUAGAUACGCGAUAUUUUUAGUCUUGUAACUAAGAAUAUUUUGCGAUGAUUUCUUUUUGAGAUUUUUAUAAAACGAUAUUGUAACAAGCAGGCGAAGUCUUGUUUUUUAAUCAAGUUUGGUCGAUUGGAUCGAUUAAACCUAAGGAUUAAACCGCCGUCCAAUUAUUUUUAAGAUAAUAUACGUUUCGUAUUUUAAGUUAAAAUCAUCUUUCUGUGCAGGAUCACGUACUUUGUACUUCACUUUGAUCGAAAACGAUCACGUUCUUUUUGUAAUAGAUAGGUGAAAUAUUAAUUGUAAGGUGCCGUUGAUUAAUUUCAUUUAUUUUUUUCCUGUUUUAUAUAUGUAUAUUCUAUUCAAAUCGCCUUCGAUGCUCAUACAUGCUAAAUCAUAUUCCUGGCAUAUAGUGCCUUAAACAAGCGCAUUCUCAUAUUAAGAGUUUGACGCGAAGACCUACUUUUUUCAAGAUAAAUGUCUUAUGUGCAGGUUUUACGUAAGUAUUAACAUACAUAUUUUCUAACGUAUAGAGCACACUCACAGGCAUACGCAUACAAAUUAAAAUCAAAUCAUGCGCUUGCGUAUGAGGAAAUAUGAUGAAAGAACGAAAUGCAUGUAUCGAACGGUGCGAUUUUGAUCGGACCAAAUGAUACGCGAAAUGAAUAAAUUUUAUCAAGUAUUUGUUAUGGAA